GACGCAGCUUGAGAAAGGAUGUUUAACGUCCCCUAACUGAUAUUCUAUUAAGAACGCGAGCACUUGGCUUUUAAUUUCACUACUAAUAUCGAGCUUCGGCGGAAGAUGACCACUCGCAUCACUUUGCAUGCAACUGGAAUGCUAAGUGUGUAUCUUUUCUAGUGAUAUUAUGCUCGUUACUCUUGUGCUCGUGCAUCGCAUUUUAUUUUUUGAACAUCCACAGCCACAUACAAACAUGUACUCAAGUGUUUAUUCACUUUGUGUACUCGUGUAGACCACGCGCCUCGGCAGGACGUGGUCGCUACGUAUGAGGACACCCCUAAUCCACCCAAAAGCCGUGCAAGGAAACAAAUCGGAAAAAGAGUGAACGAGAAGGAACGAAUGUCGUGAUGUCAGGAUAUGGUCGGGGCGCGCACAUGAUCUUAAUUUCGUUAUAUUCGCAGGAAUAUCAUUUUAAGUUUGAUCGGCCGCGAAUACGUACGUGAAUUAAAGGAAAUCGAGUUUUUGUCCGUAAUCACAUCUUGAGCAUCAGUAACAAAAGGCAAACUUUACAUAAGGAUUUCGGGUCCUUUUAGUGGUGAAAGUGUCGACGACAGAAGGGUGAAGUGCGUGCCGCGGUGGCUAUGUCCUUGACGGGUUCGUGUCCUUGUUCUCGAUUUAAUUAUCGCUUAAUCAAGACCAUAAAAACCCAUUGAAUUCCUUUAAACGAAUCCUCAAGGAGUUGAUUCCACUUUGUGACUUGUUGAUAAUUGAUCAUUGGAAGAUUAUUAAUCUGUGCAAUUGUGGAUAACGAAAGUGAUUGGAGGAUAUAGUGAAGUCGCGCUGUAACGGGGACUAAUUAUUGCGCAACAACAGCAUCAAAUUGGAUUUCAAACACAGUUGUGCCGGCGGCACUGGCAACGGUGGCGGCGGAAACAACGGGCCCUUGGGCGGUAGUACUACGGCAGGGGCCGGCGGAAACGCUGGACAUCCAUCGAACCCGAUUGGUGCUGGGGCAGGUGUGCAAAGCGGCCUGAGUCCUUCUGGUACCGAUUCGCAGCAAUUUAAUAUCUUCCCAGCGAUAUUUAGCAGGCAGCUGAAUUUCACUACAGGGUCUUGCGGUCAAGGAAAACUAAUGGAUGAACUACGACCAAAUCUGGUUGGUGGUCUGCUUGGGCUCCAACAAGGGCUCCUCGAGGACCAUGCUCUAUCUCAUGGGAACCUACAGCAUGGCGGCCAGGAUACAAAGUUCAUGUCAUUCCAGGACAAUCGAUUAAUGGGCAUAGCAUCACACGAGAAUCGACUACUCGGAUUAACGCAAGACGCUCGCUCAUCAGUGGGCGAUAAAUCCUCGAAUAAUCAAAGAAAAUGUAGCAGCACACCGGAAGACUUCAGUGCAUUAUAUUCAGGACUGCCGACACCUGGAAUCGGUGAUUCGUCGUCGCAUCAUCACACCCCAGCCCAUACGCCGCCAACAAGGCUCUCGGACCAUUCCUUAUCCGCAGAAGGUGCUUUUAAGAAACUUAAACCUGAACCAAAUAGUGGACUUUCAUCCGUUUCCGGCGUUACAUCACCAGGAAGUGGGGUUUCAUCAUUAGGUCAACAUACAGGACAUACGCCAUCAACGGCGCAAUGUCCAACGCCUGCAAGGCGAAGGCAUCGGACAACGUUUACACAGGAGCAGCUGGCCGAACUGGAAGCAGCGUUUGCAAAGUCACAUUAUCCCGAUAUCUACUGUAGAGAAGAAUUAGCACGUACAACGAAAUUGAAUGAGGCACGGAUACAAGUGUGGUUUCAAAAUCGUCGUGCAAAAUAUAGGAAACAAGAAAAACAAUUACAAAAAGCUUUAGCGCCAUCAGUCAUACCGUCGUGCAAUGGGAUGAUGCGAAACAUUCAGGGUUAUAGUGUAUCGCGGGGUUAUCAACCAUAUCCACAUCCAAAUUCCAUAAAUAGAUAUCCACAAACUUCCUUGCAGGAUUUAUUUCAAAUGGGAGCAACAUCGUAUCCGGGCAUGACACAACCAUUUUCCAUGACUCACGGUACAAACAUGAGCACAGUCGGUGUUCGUCAAGAUGCAAUGGGGAUGUCACCGGAAGACGAAUGGUAUAAUAAAAGCUUGUCGGCGCUACGUAUGAACAGUUCACAUCAUCCCAAUUUAUCGGCUCCUAUGUUACAAUACCAAACAUAAUCGAGGCCCAAAGAUUCGUCGUUGUAUUCGUGUUCGACACAACAAUUUGGUAAAUACAAAUGGAAUGCGGGCAGGGAGUGACUCAUUACACAACGGUGGGCUUCAUAAUCAACAAUUAAUAUAAUUUAUUUAAUCGUGAAUCGGCUUUUCCCGCGACACUUUCCAUAUUUAUUGAUACACACUUCUUCCUGCCCUUCAAACCACGUUGGCGGGAGAGAACUCAUGAAACUCAUUGAAAACAGAUUUAAGAGCAAUGUAAAAUGGUAAAAAUUAAAAAUAAAAAUAACCAAUUAGUGCAAAUAAACAAAGAACAGUCACUUAUAUUUAUUUAUUAAUUUAUUUAUAGCAUAAGACAAUUUAAGGUUUUGUUUAUUAUCCUAAUAACGAUUUUUAUUAACAUAAUUGUAGUAUAGGUAACCAAAUAAUAAAAAAACUAAAAUGACUUAUGUUCAUUACGCAUAGUCUUAAGUAACAAUAUUUGUUUUACUUGUUUUUAUGAGUGGCUAUGCCACCCAAUCCAUAACAAUUUAGCAAGCGAACGAUAUUCAUUGUGUAGUUAGUCAACCCACAAAUGACGCUACUUUUGUUGUGUUUGUCAAAUAACUCCAUUGUUUAAAAUACAUUUCUUUGCCUCCAAUCUCUAACCCCAUCAGUCAUGAUGCCCUCUAUAGAGAACAGAAUCUUUAUAGACGUACUUGAUUUGCCAAACAAUACGAAAAUGUUUCAAAAAGGCGUCGCUUCUAAACAUCCCGUAUCUAUAUCGGCUCAUUGGAGAUCUCUCAAUCUGUGUAGACUUUCAACAUGAGACGAUUUUAGUGAAUAGUUGAAAGCUAAAAUCAGCCUAGCUUUGCUAGUAUAUAUAUUUUGUAAUCACAAAUCUUUACAAAGUUCGGUCCGUUCCGGUUAUAACAAGUUUCAACAAA